UAUUACUUUAUUUUAGACACUCGUUCGUUUGAAUUGACGACAGAGUGUCACUUGAAGAAAUGAAAGUGUAAUCUCGAACAUGACAUCAAAGAUUUUAAUUAUUGAUAAGUGUCCUUGACCUUGUUUCACUACAAAUAGACAGUCGAGUGUAAACAAAAAAGGUCGAUCGUUACUUCUAUGUUAUUGUCAAAUACUUUGUUUACAUAAUGUACUACGAAGGUCCAAGCAUAGAGGUCGUAAGGCGCGCGGCACGCGACAGCCGUAGACUCGUAGCGGAAUCGUAGCUUGCGGCAGUCACGCUACGGCGAGCGACGGCUACAGUCGGUCGCUACGGCUACGCGGGUCUAAGUGUUCGACCACGUAAUGUUGUGGUGUUCGGUCGCGUUGUUGGCACUGUUUGCCUCCGUCCAAGGACGAGCGGUAAACAUCAGCAACACAUGGGUACUACCUGAGGAAGGCUUCCCGGUGUUCUACCGGUACUUCCGAGACCGCAUAUCUUGGUACGAGGCUGAUGCCGUCUGCCAGUUCCACCACGCCAACCUCGUCACAGUGGACACGACGGCUCAGUACGAUGCGGUGCGGGCCUACCUCAAAGAGUUGGAUAUUUCCAGCGCCGUGUGGGUCGGCCUCAUCCGCAGUAAUCCUGACGGAGACUUUACCUGGACUGACUACCGCGGCUUGAGCAGCGAUGGGUACUGGAGCUCGGCGCCCGACGCACGCGCCGCCCCGCUGUGCGCCGCCGCCGACCCCGCCGCCGACUACCGCUGGGAAGCACGCGCCUGUGGAGGUCCUACCGUCGCGUCAUUCAUCUGUGAACUACCAGUUCCACAAUGGGCGUUAGGUAAUGAGGGCUGCAUGGUUCGUGCGUUACCAGCACUCACGAUUCUGUAUUUGCCGGAGAGUGCUGCGGUGCAACUAACUGCUGACUGCGGCUUGGCUGGCGUGAAGCGUGUUCAGUGCACCGGCAAUGUGAAACGAGAAGACUUACUAAAGGACUUAUCGUGUGCUGAAGAGGAAGAAGUAGCUAGUACUCCCGGCUUAACAUCUUUAAGUAACACAUGGCCAGUCACAACAGAUGUAGUAUUUACUGAACAAGAUACAACAAGCGAAAUAACAACCGAAGACAACGCUACAACUGAACAUGAGGAUGAUAUUAAUCAAUCAAGUACUAUCGUUGCUUCACCUACAGUACAAGAAAUCAAUCAUGCAGACAACUAUAAACCACCAACAAAACUGUUAAACAUCAAUAAAUUUAACAGAAUAAAUAUCGAUAAAACUCUGGAUUUAAGUUUGAGCCAUAAUAAUAACCUACAAAGUAAUUAUAUCCCGAAAAUUGCAAAUGGAGACAAUUAUCUUACAAAUGAAGAACUAGAAAAAAUUGAAGAUGAGAAACAUAUGCAACACAAAAUGUUACACGAAGAAAUUGCUCGUCUUGGCAAUCUAGAAAAUAUAUUCACGCAGCCUACUGACCAUUUUGUACCUCCACUAGUAAUGGCUAAGGCUAAAAUUAGUGAUGAUAUGACUGUUCUCUCUUUAAAAGAAAAACAUGCUCAGCAAAUGGCAGAACAACAUUUCUCCAGACAAGGCAUGCAGUAUGAACAAAACGAACAUAUUCACCAAAGUAACACCGUGACUACAACAACAGAAGAUCCAAAAACAGUAAAUAAAGAAAAACAAACGAAAUCUAUCGAUGAAUCAAAAAAAGACAAGAUUAAACCAAUUAGGCCUAAGAAAUAUAACGAAAAGUAUUCCGAUCCCAAGGGCAAAUUACAAAAAGAAAUUGAGACUAAGCCUGUACUUCAGCAAAAAGUGCCUGAAACUACAACAGCUCAAGCGGAAAUUAUCGUAACAGAAAAAGAGACGUCGCCUUCCACAUUAUCGGAUAAAUUAGAUGAUGAUUCUGGAAUAGAUCUUACAGUGUUAAUAAAAGAUGAUCGAGACGUGCAUAUUGAAAAAACAUAUUAUACUAAUUAUACUGGAGAUGUAUCUAAACUGGAAGUGAUAAAAAAUAUCACCCUUAAUAAUGAGACGGAAGUAAAACUUGUCGAUGUCGAGGCAACUGAAGAAAUUAAGAAAGAAAUACCAACCAAAAAGUUUGAUGAAACAACAAAAAAUAUAACGUUGAACAAUGAAGUCAUUAAAAUCACUAUUAUCUCUGAAGGUCACACAACCACUAUUGCCCCCACAGUUUUCGAAAUAACCACAAGAGUUCCAUUGGUUCAAGAGAAUACUCCAAGCAGUACAGUGGCCAUCGCUAACAAUGAAUCCGUUGAUUCAGUUCAGGGUAAAACCGAAAAAUCAGCGUCCAAUCAUUACAAUAUGGAUACGACUCAAAAUUACUUCGAAACUGAAAAUGUUGCUAAUGCGUCAGGAGAGGCAGCAACCAUGAACUCAAAGAAUGAUACUCCAGUAGUGCAUGAAGCAACUACUCCAGAAAUACCUACUACAACACAUGAUAUGUCGACAGUAAGUACGACGGUCGCAAAUGUAACUAAUGCCGAUAAAUCAGUGGAAACGACAACAACUACUGUUUCUUCGUCAACCAACGAGAAUAAAAUGGAGGCUUACAGCGUAGAAAACCACGAUGACUUCGGCUUAAACGCUAAUACGUCAGAAGCGAUAGAUGAUUUCCAGUCGCCGUUACUAUCUGGCGCCAACGAGCCCGUGCACAGACCAAACAGGUCCCGAAGACCACAACAGCCGAAUCGAAAUAAAUUCAACCCAUUUCGUAUAUUAGGUUAAACAUUGAAUCGAUUGCUUAUCGAUUGCCAUGAUAAGAAAUGAACAAUGAUGACUGAACAAAAAUCGUAACAUCUAACGUAAUUAGCUUUAGAGGAUCACAGUCACGUUAUAAAUUGUGAUGGCACGGUGCACGUAGUUGAUUUAUAUUAUUAAGUUCAACAUUUAGGGUUUUAGCGGAUGGGUUGCCGAAAAUCGUAGUCACUUACAUAAACAUUUUAAAUGUCCGUGUGGGGUACGGAAAUCCGUUAUCACCCCAUCCACAAUAGUUACGUAGUUUCAAAACAUAUUCAAUAGAAACAUGCAUGUUUACUUAUAGCGCUUUGUUCGAUAUGUUUAGACUAGACUAAAUUGAGUAGUCGGUAAAUUAGUCAAUUCAUGUUUGAUAGCAUAGCUAUUUGUCUUAAUGAACUUGUUUUUAAAGGUAACGAUUUUUGAAAUAGAAUAGAUAUUCAUAGAUUUCAGAUUUGCCAAAUUUUACCAUAUUCAUGUUAUUCUACAUAUAAAUACUCACUUACCUUUAAAUCCCGUAGAUAUUCAGUAUACUCAAUAUGAAAAUUUGGAAGUGAUAGAUUAGUUUGUAAAAUUUAAUUAUGCAUUACAAAUUCACAAACCAUAUCAUGUUAGAGUAAGUUAGUUUAGUAAUAUUUAUUUUGAAUAGUUCAUAAGGUACUUGAUUAAAUAAGUUCAUGCACAAGUGAAACGACAGCAAAGAUCUAUAUGACUAAAAUCACGAAAUACUCAAUUAUAUUACAAAACACCUGUCAUAUUUAUUCUAUGUA